UUCUUGAACCGUCACCAUUCAAGGCCGCUGAUGUCUUUCAAUUUUGUCAGAUUUGUUGUGAAUGUCAAUAUGUCAGGGUCCUCAGUGUUUUAGAUGUUUUUUUCGAAAAUAUCCGAAAAAAUCUUAAAAUUCGGUAAUUCCCGGACCGAAAACUGCAUCUCCUAACCGCAGAGCGUCGGUUAUUUAAGGCGCCCGCAUGAGUUAAACCUGCAGACAUCAUCUCAACUCAACAUGGAUGACCUGGGACCAGAGGUGACCUUUAUGUUUCAAUUUGGGUUUAUCAAAGAUGCCAUCACAGUGCCCCAAUCCACACUAAAUCUGAAGACUAUUAAAGACUUAGCUUGCGAUUUUCUCAACUCGAAGGUUCCCGAUCAUGGAAUUAACAAGUUGGACGACAGACUGUUGCUGUUCAAGCACGAGUACAGCUCCAGCAACAUACUGCAGGUUAUUAACUCAGCUUCGGACAUUGUUGAUGGCACCCUAAUUGAAAUCGUGGUAACAGCUAAAGGUAUAAAUGUCGAUUUUUGGGAGCAGUUUUUCCAAUGUGCAGUUUCAGUUCCGAACGUUCAACAUUCAGAAGUGACCAUCGUUAGGCCCCAUGCUCUCUCGGUGCAUUCGUACAAAACGCCCACAUUCUGCGACUUUUGCGGCGAGAUGCUCUUUGGAUUGGUCAGGCAGGGACUUAAGUGUGAUGGAUGUGGGCAGAACUACCAUAAGCGAUGCGUGGUUAAAGUGCCAAACAACUGCUCCUUCAUGCUGUAUGAAGGAAAUAAGUCUGAAAGGCGUCGAUCGGCUAAUCUGCAGGUUCCACGGAGUCCUUCAGGCGGCAGCAACACUUCUUUAGCGUCUGGAAAUUCCACGCAGACUGAGGAUAGUGGAUUGAUAUCCCAACAUGGCCACAAUCGUUCCCCUUCACUGGGUGGACGUUCAACCUGGUUGGAUCGGGACGUCCCUUGCAGAGUCCUGCGUAUUCCUCACACCUUUGUAAUCCAUUCCUACACCCGGCCAACUGUUUGCCAGCAUUGCAAGAAGCUGCUCAAAGGCUUGUUCAAGCAGGGUUUGCAAUGCAAAGACUGCAACUACAACGUGCACAAGAAAUGCCUGGAAAAAGUCCCCAAGGACUGCACGGGAGAACUGCCCAGAGAUUCGCAAGGGCAGUUUGACUAUGCGGAGAGCUCGGGCAGCGACAGCCAGACUAAUCUGACUCUAGCCGAAGACGACGAGUCGGAGAAAAACAGCUGCUACGGCCAGGAGAAUGGCAGCACAAAGUAUAUCGAGGUGAUUCCAGUUCAUGAUGACGACAACGACUAUUCUCCAUCGACUUGCAGCUCGUCCUCAUCGCCCAGUGCCAACAUUCCUCUUCAACGAAUUGUUCAGUCUGUGAAACACACCAAGCGGCGGGGCUCCAAGAUAAUCAAAGAGGGAUGGCUGGUGCAUUUUACCAAUAAGGACCGCACUGUUCGAAGACACUUUUGGCGAUUGGAUACAAAGUCGCUAGUGCUAUUUCAAAGCGACACCAGUACGAAAUACUACAAAGAAAUCCCCUUAUCGGAAAUCCUGACGAUUGACACAGCCAGAAUUAAGCAGGGAGAUGUGAUGCAUUGUUUCGAAAUUCGCACCGCCAAUGUGGAUUACUUCGUCGGCCAGGAUCCGCUUCAUGAGCUGCAAGAUGGUAACAACGUUAACUUGCCGCCUCCGGAUAGCGGGAUUGGAGCCUACUUGUCCAAGAGCUGGGAAACAACCAUUAGGCAGGCAAUGCUUCCGGUUACCGGCAAUUCUGGAAAACCGGAUGAAAUGUCCAGCCAAAGCGAGGAGCAGAUAACCGACAUGAGCCAAAUCUACCAAAUCUAUCCGGAUGAGGUAUUGGGGUCGGGUCAGUUUGGCAUUGUCUAUGGCGGAGUUCAUCGAAGAACCGGGCGAUCCGUAGCUAUUAAAGUUAUUGAUAAGCUGCGCUUCCCAACCAAACAAGAAGCACAAUUGAAGAACGAAGUAGCCAUUUUGCAAAAUCUGUCCCACUCCGGGGUGGUAAACCUGGAGCGAAUGUUCGAAACGCCCGAACGCAUCUUCGUGGUGAUGGAGAAGCUGAAAGGCGACAUGUUGGAGAUGAUUUUGUCGCAUGAAAAGGGCCGACUCACUGAAAGGGUGACCAAAUUUCUGAUCACUCAGAUUUUGGUCGCGUUGAAACACCUACACAGCAAAAACAUCGUGCACUGUGAUCUGAAGCCGGAAAACGUCCUGUUGAACUCAGACGCUGAAUAUCCGCAAGUCAAGCUUUGCGACUUUGGCUUCGCCAGAAUCAUUGGCGAGAAGUCGUUUCGAAGAUCCGUAGUGGGCACCCCGGCAUAUUUAGCUCCAGAGGUGCUAAGGAACAAAGGCUACAAUCGCUCCUUGGACAUGUGGAGCGUCGGGGUGAUUGUCUACGUGAGUUUGAGCGGCACUUUCCCGUUUAAUGAGGACGAGGACAUCAACGACCAAAUCCAGAACGCCGCUUUCAUGUACCCGCCUAAUCCUUGGAAGGAAAUUUCUUCUGAUGCAAUCGACUUGAUCAACAAUCUGCUGCAAGUGAAGCAACGGAAGCGAUACACCGUGGAUAAAUCGCUCCAACAUGUCUGGUUGCAGGACUACCAGGCGUGGUGCGACUUGAGGUCGCUGGAGAAUCAAAUAAACGUCCGAUACCUGACCCAUGAGUCCGACGAUGCCCGGUGGGAAAAAUACAGGGCGGAGCAAUGACGAGAGAAAAAGUGGCUGCAUAACGUGAAGCGAUGUCUCAUCGGCAUUAAGUCUUGAUGGAGCAUCUUGUCUAUUUGCCCCGUAUCUGUAUGAUAGCGUUUCGGUAUUACCGCUCUCUAAAUUACAAUACAGAUGACCAAAUGCAGCCCGAUUGAAACGGGUGCAGGAUCCCAUUCAUUUAAUAGGUUUUACGUUUAUUUUCGCUUCUUCAAUCUUUCACCAGUCUAGUAACAGUUCAACACAAGGUGGUCAGCAAACGGAAACAACUAGAUCGGGUUUCAAAUAUAAAAUUGAUAUUCAUUUUUGAUUGGCAAUGAAAACGUGUUGAUUUCAUGGGUAUAUUCUUUGAAAGAACGUUCAUUGAUCUUUGUCCAGUGCUAACCACUCUUAUGUACUACAUAUAUUGUUUUUAAUCGACAGAAUGUUUUUAAUGCAAACUUUAUCAGUGGCUAAAUCGGGGACAUCCGUGGAAUGCAGUUUUUAAUUUAGGUACUUAACUUAUUGAGCUCAUCAAAUUUUUUAUAUUUUUAUAUGUUUAUCGACUUAGACUAAGGCGCGCUCGCAAUUAUUUGACAAUUAGUCUUCCAAUAUCUUUUGCCGAAUUUUUAUAAUACUCAUUUAAAUUAUUUAUUUCGUGUGCGUGGGUAAAGUUUUGUUACUAAAACUUUAGACACACACACAAUCUUAGAUUAAGAUUUUGGACUCUAGAACUGGUAGCUGAACGCGGUUUGGAACUAAAUAAUCACCUCUUUUAGCUCCCCAAUGGUUAUUUUUUUAACAACUCCCGGGCCAAUACCGACCAUAUUCUAAACUUACAUGUAAUUAAUUGCCUUAAGUACUAAAUAUCUCUGAGUAAUGGUUGUGUAUAUAAGUAGGUAAACUUAGAUAGAACUAGGGUUUUAAACAAUUUUCCAUUCUUCAACGCCGUUAAAUUCGCACAAUCCACUUUGGAUUGAAACGUUUUUGUGACGAAACCAGUGUUUUAAUGCUUAGAUUACAGUAAAGCUGCGAAACUUUCUCUUUUGUAAACGCUAUAAAAUAAUCUUUAAGCGUGUUACUACAAACGCUAAUAUUUGCUUCCAAAACCUGAAGCAUUUUGUGUUUUUGCCGACCUCAUAUUUUGUUUAUGAAGCAGAUACACAAUUUUUCAGUUCAGUCAAAGUACAUUUUACAAACACGGCCUAAUGCGUUUAAUGGGUAUUUCCGUACAAUGCCUUUAUAUCUUAUGGUAAUCCACGUGGCUAGCAAUAAUAUGCCCUGAUAUAAGUAGCACAAUUUCAUGUAAAAACACGCUUCAGUAUCCAGGAAGAUUCUGGGGAUAAAAUAAAAUUGGGCGUGUUCGUCUACUUAUAUCAAUAUUUAUCUGUUUGUAUUUUGUGAUGGCGUGGCUUACAAGGCUCUAUGAAGACACUGUGCAAUUUGGGUUUUUCCAAGUAAAUUUGAAGCUUUUUGGUUGUGAUUGUGUUAAAUUUGUCUUUAAAAUAACGAAUAGUAGGCUUUUCCACACGUUGAAAUGUUCUUGUGAGUUCCAUAUUGCGCUACAGGGACUAACACGUUUUAUAUUAAAUGUAAAUAAUAUACCAUAUGUUAUUGAAUUCAA